AUGAAGAACCCGUCCAGGCCCGACCUGGAACAACGCCGCAAGUCGUCUACGCUGCACUACCAGACCUUUCCCACCAAGCCACCCACUUCUCGCGGCCCUCCGCCCUCGCCCGAUGCGUCCUUCGGCCAUCGCCGCGGCGAUUCCGACGCGUCCGCCCAGCACCAUGAGUCGCCGCUCCCCAAGAAGCAGCUCGCCGUGCUCGCAGUCAUCGCCUUGGCCGAGCAGACAGCCCUCAACUCCAUUAGCCCGUAUCUGCCCGAGAUGACAACCACAUUUCCCGGCGUGACGGAGGACAAAGUAGGCAUCUACGUUGGCUUGAUAGCGUCAUCGUUCGCUCUGGCACAAUUUGCAACAAACUUCUUCUGGGGCUGGCUGUCAGACCGUAUCGGCCGCAAACCGGUCGUGCUCAUGGGGACGCUCCUCACAACUGCGUGUUUCAUAGCCUUCGGGUUCUGCAAAACACUGUGGCAAGCCAUAGUCGUACAACUCUUGAUGGGUCUUGUGAAUGGCAACCAGGGCGUUGUUUCAACGUGUCUGGGAGAAAUCACGGAUCGCAGUAAUCAGAGCCGGGCCUUCACCUACCUGCCUGUGGUCUACGGCAUAGGGGGCAUUACCGGGCCCAUCGUAGGAGGGCUGCUCGUCUUCAAGAAGAAUCCAUUCACGGGCGAAAAGGCCCGUUAUCCAUAUUUAGCGCCCAACUUGUUCUCGGCAGCCAUUCUGCUCAUCGACAUGAUACUCACCAUGUUGUUCUUGGAGGAGAGUCUGGAGGGAGCCAAGGAUCUGGCUCCUCUCGGAAAGAGGAUCGAGAGCCUUUUCUCCUGGCUGUGGCAGUUCACAAGCUCCAGCCGACCAACUUACGUUCGCCGAGUGGUAGGCAAGAAUCGUCGCCGCGGCAGCUCCAGCACGCACGCGGACGACGAUGACGAAGACGACGACGCCUCGGACAUUUCUCAAGAAUCUGCCCCCACUCUUCUGCCAAAUGUGUCCAACGGCGAGAACUUGACGAGGCGAGAAGUCCUCAACCGGGACACGAUCCUUCUCCUCCUUACCUUUCUGAUCUUUCAGUUCGCCAAUAUCUCCUACAACUCUCUGUAUCCCAUCUUUGCGCAAGCACCCCCACCCACUGGUCGCAACUUGAGCACCGAAGAGAUCGGAGUUUCUCUUGCCUUCGCGGGAGCCAUCACAAUUUUGUUCCAGAUCGGCAUUUAUGGGAAGCUCAGAGAGAAGAUGGGUAACAAGACCACGUACAGAAUCAGUCUUGCUGCCUUCGUGGUCGCGUUCCUGCUUAUGCCCUGGGUCGGCUACAAGAAUGGUGACAACACAGGCGCAGGUCUUGGUCGCGGCAAGGCCAUCAUGUGGAUCGAGUUGGGCUUCGUGCUUAUUGUCAAGACGGUAGCUGCCGUCGGUGGUUUGACUUCAGCUCUGCUCUUGAUCACGAACUCCGCCCCCGAUCACGCAGUACUCGGCACGCUGAAUGGCUUAGCCCAGACCCUUUCCGCGGGUGGCCGUGCGGUGGGACCUUUCGUAUCUGGAAGUCUGUUCUCCGCUGCAACACGCAUCAAACCAAAGGGCGAGGCUAUGGCUUUUGGCAUCUUCGGCGGAAUCACUUUUAUUGGCUUCUUGCUCAGUUUCGGCAUCCGGGGCGCCGGCCUCGAAUCCGAUGGCUUUGACGAGGAAGAGGGCAGUGAAGCGGACGAUGUUGAUGACGAAGACGAAGACGAAGACGAGAGCUCAAACGAGAGGUCAGGAUUGCUUCGCGGAAAGUGA